CCGCCACCGCCGCGUGCAGUUGUGAAGUUUGAACCAGCACCUCCAUGCCGCGCAGAGAAGGUCAAAGUUGUCUCUUGGAUGGCUACUGAAGCUCUGCAGCGUCAAAUACAGGCCAAGUGGGAAGCCUCCUUCUCCCGCUUGAACCGUGACCAACCCGGCAUCUCAGGAUUGUUGACUACCAGUCAGGCAUGGGAAUAUAUCGCCGAACUUCUGCGUCCCCGAAGUCUGAAUGACCCGUCCCCGAGAAGAGAAAUCGACGUUCAGCGAGUGAAAUCGGUCAUUGACUUCUUGACAAGAUGCAAACUGACUCCUUCGGUAGUGGAGAACUUCCUCGAUGAAAUGCGAAAGCAACAACACCUUAUUACUCGUGAUGUUCAUGAAUAUAUGAUUCAAUAUGAGAGAACAACAGACAUUCAGUUUAUUGCGCGUCUCAUCUUUCGCCUCUCACGGUGGCACAAGGCAUGGGAGCCGGCAAUAGAACUUGGACAAACAACCAUCACAAUGUUCAACUCGACCUUUCAAACGCACGUCUUCUCAAUCCUGCCUCCUCCUUUCUUCACGGGAUUCAAAGAAGUUGUGAAGUUUACUCUUACGCUCGCUGAUAUGGAUGCCGUGCCAGGCUGGAUGACCGAAGCUACCCCCGAUAACAACGGCCACUCCGAGCUAUCUUCCAGACCAGACUAUUCUUUCUGGAUGGCAUGCCAGCGAAUUGGCUUGUUAGACAGGUAUGAAUCGCUCGUGUCCAGCAUUCUCUACGAGCAAAUCGAAGCCCAUGUAUGGGAUACGUGCACUGGAAAGUGGGGCGAACCGGUGCUGAAAGAUCUGCGCCAAUGGAUGAACGAUGAACUCAAGCCUUGGAUGAUGUUGCCAUUUGGGAAGGGUGCCAAGGGUGCGGAUGAGUCUCGGUCGGCAAUACAUGGUAUGGGGUCAAGAUGCGACUUUCACAUUUGCAAGACUUUGUGCGAGUUACGCAUCAGAGAGAUAUUCGACAUUAUUAUUGACUAUCCAGAUUCUAUUGGUGCUCUGUUGGACCUUAAGGAAUGUCUGAAUCGUGUCGAUCAACGCGACCAAUUAGUUCAAGCCCUCCGCAAAGCCAACAAGAAACGACUACUUCACCCUGGCGCGGACACCAAGGACAUUCUGACUCAAUACGUAUCGAUCAUCCGAUGUCUUCGCAUCUUGGAUCCACCAGGGGUGCUUCUGUUCAAAGUAGCCGAUCCCAUCCGUCGCUACCUGCGAGAGCGACCAGAUACGAUACGCUGCAUCGUUGCGAGUCUUGUCGGGGAUGGCGAGAGUGGCGACUCGCUAGUGGAUGAGAACGAGCCUAUUCAGCCUUUGCAGCAAGCACAGGUGGAGGAUUACACCGAUCCUAGCUGGGAGCCGGAACCUAUUGAUGCUGGGCCUGAUUUCCGCAGCAACAAACCCGGCGAUGUUAUCAGCACACUCGUCAGCAUCUAUGACUCCAAGGACCUCUUCGUCAAGGAAUUGCAAGUCUUACUCGCUCAGCGACUCUUGGCGAUCACUGAUGGGAACUUUGAGCGCGAGCGGCGUAACAUAGAGAUCCUCAAGAUCCGCUUCGGUGAGGCCGCACUGCAAGUCUGCGAGGUCAUGUUGAGAGACAUGACGGAUUCCAAGCGCAUAGACCAGCAUGUGCAGUCUCAGAAGAAUCUGGUUCUCCAUCCAACUAUCAUAUCGCGCCACUUCUGGCCACCGUUGCAAGCAGGCAAGUUCGUCAUGCCAGGACAAUUCAAACAGGUUCAGGACGAAUAUGCGAAAGAAUUCAUGGCAUUCAAGCCCGACAAGAAGCUGCGCUGGCUGCCGCACCUAGGCACGAUACACCUCCAGCUCGAGCUGGAAGAUCGCACAAUAUCUGCCGACGUCCCGCCUCUCGAGGCUGCCUUCAUUGAGCUGUUCUCUCAGAAAGACAGCUGGACUGUUGACGAGCUGAUCGCUCAAGUGGGCUCGGUCGAACGAGCCGCGGCUUUGAAAGCGCUCGCGACAUGGGUCGACCUAGGAGUGCUUAAAGAUAGAGGAGGCGGUAACUACAUUCUGUCAGAAAUCGCAGAGGACAUAGCGGAGCCAGGCGCGAAGACAUUGCCUGCAAGACCUGCACAAAUAGUCGAAGACAUACCUGCAGUCACAAGCGUGCAGCAACAGCAGGCGGAGCAGAUGCAGGUCUUCUGGAGGUUCAUCGAGGGUAUGCUCACCAACUUGGGAACACUGCCUUUGGAUCGUAUACAGACGAUGCUCAAGUUUGCUCCGGGAUACGACCGGACUAUCGAGCAACUUGGGGCGUUUAUGGAAGCUGCGAGGAGGGAAGGUCUUGUAACUGUAAAGGAUGGCAUGUGGAAGCUGAACAGACAUUAACUUCUUCGUGCUGGAAGAGACGGGUGUCCUUCUGAGGUCUCGUCAGUAACAAGCUGAUAGGUGAAUGACGAUUGUACAUCAGUAAUGACCGUGACGGAUGCAAGUCCUGAGCAUCCACCUGAGCAUCCAACAGAACGGCUACGACGUAUGUGGAGGAAGGUCGAAAGUUAGUUGACA